AUGACACAGUCUCGAAUAAAUCCAUUCAUUUGUUGUAUUUAUGUCCUUUCAUUAUUAUGUUUAUCUUCUAACGUAUCAUCUAGGCCAUUGUCCAACAGAAUAAAUAAAAGAAAUGAUAUUUCAGGACACCUCCAUAUGAAAUUGGAACAUAUUCAACAAACCUAUUACGCAACAACAUUACAAGUUGGUACACCACCACAAAAUAUCACAGUAUUAUUAGAUUCAGGAUCUUCCGAUUUUUGGUUAAUGGAUUCCAAAAAUCCGUUCUGUAUGGAAAAUUAUUGUAACUCAACUGAAAUCCCAAAAUAUAAUAAUGAUUUGAUUACUCAAAAUUUAACUAUAGAUUGUUCUUACUUCAAUAAAUAUAAUCCAGAAAUAUCAUCAACCUAUCAGAAAUUACCAAAUGACAACUCAAGAUUUUAUCUCCAAUAUACAGAUGGAUCCUUUGAAGAUGGGAUUUGGUCCAAGGAAACUGUUCAAAUUGAUAAUUAUAACAUUACCAGUUUACAAUUAGCAGUUGCAAAUUAUGCAACAACUCCAGUUGGUGGAUUACUAGGUAUUAGUUUCCCAAGAAGAGAAUCAGUGAAAGGUUACGACGGUGCAUUGAAUGAAUAUUAUCCAAACUUCCCGCAAGUCCUAAAGAAUGAAAACAUUAUUGAUAUCGUCCUUUAUUCCAUGUAUUUAAAUGAUCUAAACCAAGAUGGCUCUUUAUUGUUUGGUGCCAUUGAUACUUCUAAAUUUGAAGGUGAUAUGAUCACUUAUCCAAUGGUCAACGUCUAUCCGAAUGUGGUUGAUAAACCAGCAACAUUAGCAUUAACUAUACAAGGUGUAGCUGCUCAAAAUACUAAUGAUUGCACACAAAAUGAAACAUUUAUGACAUCAAAAUUUCCCGUAUUGUUGGAUUCAGGCACUACAUUAAUGAGUGCCCCUAAGGAAUUGGCUGAUAAGAUGGCUGAUUUUGUUAAUGCAACAUAUAGUGAAGAUGACAGGAUAUAUAUCUUGAAUUGUCCAUCACAGGAAGUAUUAAAUGAUAUUGAAUAUAUUUUUGAUUUUGGAGGGUUACAAGUUAAAAUCCCAUUGGAGAAAUUCAUUUUACCCUCUGAUGAUGGAUCGGGACCAUGUGCCUUUGGUGUUUUACCUGAAACAACUACUGAUAGAAUGGUAUUAGGUGACAUUUUCCUAUCUUUCGUUUAUGCAGUUUUUGAUUUAGAUCAUUAUCAAAUCUCUCUAGCAAAUAUCAAUAAGAAUGCUAAUUCCGAAAGUAAUGAGGAUUCAAUAAUAAAUAUCCCAUCUAACGGUGCCAUACCAGGAGCUAAAGUCGCAACUGUAAAACCGUGGUCCACACAUGAACCUAUAACAGUGACAACUAACAUUGUCUCUUCAUGUAAAGCGCCUUCUCAUAGCACCAUACACAAGGAAUCAUCCUCUAAAUUAACGGAUCAAUCAACUGCUACUGCCACUUCAGUGAAUAUUAUUUCGAAGAGUACAAAUAUUGUAACUUCUACCCCAACAGUACCGUCUUCACAAAAAGGAAACCUUAAAAAUUCAAUAUCUAUGAAAUACGUUACAAAAACUGAAACAGCUCUUUCGACGGUAUUAAUUGGCGUUUGUUCUAAUGUUGCGUAUACCAAAAUACUCCUUUAG